GGUACACCACCGAGGCCUAGAGGCGAGCGGGAGGGGACCCGGGCGGUUCAGCGCCAGGAGAGCCGGAGAAGCCGCGGGGCGCUCAAGCCCCUCAGAGCACUGCCCUUGCCUCUUCUCGAAAGUUAGCCCGUCUCCCUUUGGGCACGGGCGCCCCGGGACUCCGGGGGCCGCUGAGCUGGGGGGGCGCUCGAGCUGCGAGGAUCCGGGCUGCCCGCAGGACGAGGGGCGGGAGCCCAGGAUGGGGUGCAUGAAGUCCAAAUUCCUCCAGGACAGAGGCAAGGUCUCAAAAACUGAGCCCAGCACCAACCCACACAGCCCUGUGUACGUGCCAGAUCCCACGUCUACCAGCAAGCGGCGUCCUGACAACGGCAACAACAUCCCACCAGGGUCCACGGAUGCAGGUCCUGAUGACAUCAUUGUGAUCGCCCUGUAUGAUUACGAGGCCAUUCACCAUGAAGACCUCAGUUUCCAGAAGGGAGAUCAGAUGGUGGUCCUGGAAGAGUCUGGGGAGUGGUGGAAGGCUCGAUCCCUGGCCACCCGGAAAGAAGGCUACAUCCCAAGCAACUACGUCGCCCGAGUUAACUCUCUGGAGACAGAGGAGUGGUUCUUCAAGGGCAUCAGCAGGAAGGAUGCAGAGCGCCAACUCCUGGCCCCAGGCAACGUGCUGGGCUCCUUCAUGAUCCGGGACAGCGAGACCACCAAAGGAAGCUACUCCUUGUCUGUGCGAGACUAUGACCCCCAGCUCAGGGACGCGGUGAAACAUUACAAGAUCCGGACCCUGGACAGUGGCGGCUUCUACGUCUCCCCGCGGAGCACCUUCGGCACGCUGCAGGAGCUGGUGGCCCACUACAAGAAGGGGAGUGAUGGACUGUGCCAGAAGCUGACAGUGCCCUGCGUAUCCUCCAAGCCCCAGAAACCAUGGGAGAAAGAUGCCUGGGAGAUACCCCGGGAAUCCCUCAAGCUGGAGAAGAAACUUGGAGCUGGGCAGUUUGGGGAAGUCUGGAUGGCCACCUACAACAAGCACACCAAGGUGGCUGUGAAGACGAUGAAGCCAGGGAGCAUGUCCGUGGAGGCCUUCCUGGCGGAGGCCAACCUCAUGAAGACUCUGCAGCAUGACAAGCUGGUGAAGCUGCACGCAGUGGUCACAGAGGAGCCCAUCUACAUCAUCACCGAGUUCAUGGCCAAAGGGAGCCUGCUGGACUUCCUGAAGAGCCCGGAGGGCAGCAAGCAGCCUUUGCCCAAGCUCAUCGACUUCUCAGCUCAGAUUGCAGAAGGUAUGGCCUUCAUCGAGCAGAGGAACUACAUUCACCGAGACCUCCGAGCUGCCAACAUCCUGGUCUCUGCGUCCCUGGUGUGUAAGAUCGCCGACUUUGGCCUGGCACGUGUCAUCGAGGACAAUGAGUACACGGCUCGGGAAGGGGCCAAGUUCCCCAUCAAGUGGACAGCUCCCGAAGCCAUCAACUUUGGCUCUUUCACCAUCAAGUCAGACGUCUGGUCCUUUGGUAUUCUGCUGAUGGAGAUCGUCACCUAUGGCCGGAUCCCUUACCCAGGGAUGACGAACCCUGAGGUGAUCCGGGCGCUGGAGCGCGGGUACCGCAUGCCUCGACCCGAGCACUGCCCCGAGGAGCUCUACAACAUUAUGACGCGCUGCUGGAAGAACCGCCCUGAGGAGCGGCCCACCUUCGAAUAUAUCCAGAGCGUGCUGGACGACUUCUACACGGCCACGGAGAGCCAGUACCAACAGCAGCCGUGAUGGGCGGGGCCAGGGCGGGGCCAGGUACCCAGAGGACACCUAAGAGGUGGCUCCAGCCCCACCUGCACGGUGCCCGCUCACCCUUCCCGUUCCCAGACGCCCCCCUCCCAGUUCCAGCCACCGUUCCUCAUCUGUCAGGCGCGUGGGCUGAACUGGACACUCUCUUUUUGACUCUAGCAACCUACAAUCCACCAUCCUCAGGAGACUGCAAGUUGAUAUUUCUAUUGCGAAGGACAGCUGGAUUCCUGUGACAGCUGUGCUUUGGGUGGGAAACCUUAAAAAUAAUGAAAUAAAUAUUUAAAUAAAAGAUACAGAUGCUAAAGGCUUUCCUGACAGA